UACUGCUCCUGGUCGAAAUUUUGACGUGCAACGAACACUAGUUUGGCCUUUGGAAAUUGCGUUUGAGGGUCUUACAAUCUAACUCAGUGAAAUCUCUUAAUUCAACAUGGAGGUGGUGGGGGUUGGGCGGGAGUGGUGGAUGGGUUUGGAAGUGAUUUAUAUCAUCGACUGUCUCUUAAUGGACACCUAUAAGACAUAUAAUUCCGCAAACGUACACCUAGGGUUAGUCCCUGCUUUCUAUAGUAUGCUGCCCGCUAUUUUACUCUCUGUAAGAAGGACAUCUCUCUUAGAGAGAGUUGUCUUUAUUAAGUUUAGCACUUGUUUGACUAUGCCUAUCUCUAGCGACUUUGUAUGGUCCCUAUUUUGUUGAAAAUAAAUCUCUGUUCUCGUUACUAUAGGGUGGAGCAGGCCAUUCAGACGUCAAAGUUCUUGAUACACCCGCUCUCCAGGAUAUUAAGACCAGGUAAUCCGCUAUAUUGUGGUCCCUCUGGGGCUUCCUAUCUUAAAAGGCCUAUUAGCACUAAUCCAGGCUUCAAACGCACAUCUCAAAAUAACCAGUGUUACCAGUUCUUACUCCAGUGACGCCAUGCUAAGACAAAUAUCUGAUGGUGUCCGGAUGGACAAAGUAUACCAGAGGCUCGAAGAGCGAAUUAUAUCUCAAGACUUUUAGUUUUUAUUUUUACAGUUUCUAGAUUUUUAGUACGUUGAAUAUGUAAAAAGACGUAAUGUCUUCUUUUUCUAGUUCGAGGUAAAAAACUUCAGCCCAUAAUUGUAUGUGUCUUGUUUUCAAUUGGGUAGAAUAUGAUUUUGUGUUAGCAUGACUAGAUCUCGAAGUAAGGGCUUAACAAUAUUUUUUGAAGUUCCUAGACAAGAAUUUUUUCAAAAACUUUGGCUAAACACUGGGUUAUUUAAGCGACUAGCCAUCUUUAGACGAUAUAUGCCUUGAUGGUUAUUUUCUCUUUUAGUUGAUCUACCUCACUCUAGGCCCGACGGUCUAAAGAUAGCUAACUUGUGCUUUGGAUUAGGCCAAAUUACAAACAAUACUUUUCGCAAAAUAAGAAGUGAAAAAAGCGCAUUAUGCUGUAUUUACCUGCAUACCUUGAAAACUGUAAAUUGUAAAAGUCUUAUUAUCUACCCCUUCCCUCCCUCCCACUUGCUUUUCAGGGAUUUUACAACUCUGUUUUGGGGACUUUUUGCAGACCACUUGUGACGCACUUUAAAAUCAGUGAAAUAACAAGUUAUGAGUGCCUCCUAAAGCGAAUGUUAAUUUGAGAUGGACGACCACACCAAGGACUACUGGCCCUGUUCUUUAUGAACACGGGAAGAUUGUUUGGGCUCGUUAACAUCCCACAGGGUUUAUACUUUCUGCAAAGAUCGGGAGACGUAGUCUACGGUUUAUUGUCUUAUCUGAGGAGACUAGAUUCCAGGGCUGUCACGUUGUGCCUUGGAGCGGGGAUGUACAAGCAUCACCUCAGACUACUCAGUUCCCGGAUCCAAACCUUGAGAUAAGGCGGGGGUUGGUCACCCAGACCCUUAGAUAAGGUGGGGGCUCCCACAAACAUUUUUUUUUUUUUUUCGGGCCUCCGUUUGAUCUAAAAAUAAUUGGGGGGGGACCGGGCCCCGAGCCCCCUCCAUCGGCCACUGCUACUUUCAUGGGAAACGGAAAGGAAAUAGAACCAAAAGAACUUCGUGGCUGUUCUAUUCUCCACCUACUAAUUGCAUAUAGGAGGCAUCGUGACAUCUGUGACAGCCCUGCUAGCAAGUCUAACCGUUUGUAGAUAGUAUUACAAAUGCAGCACUUUUUUUCUCCGCUGGCCGGGAUUUGAACCUCUCGCUUAGCUGACCGGUGCUUAUCCAACUGAACUAACCAAACUAACAGCCCAAAACGGUCUGUAAGUCAGUUAACCAAACCGCCAAUUAAGAUUUGUAACUUUGGUUUAUCGCUGACCACCCCUUUGAGUAACUGCUAAAUUCUUUUAUUUAUCAGAGAGUGACGUCUCAGAGUUUGAAGAGAACUCUCAAUCACUUUGUACAAUUGCAUUACAGGAGUGCUUCUGGGCCAAGACCACAGUCAGGUUCACCUCAAGUUACAACAUUAAGAAUCAAGUCCGAAUCAGGAGAAAUGGUAAGUCUGCCAACAUGACAGACUCAGGAAGUUGUGCGAGUGAGGAAAAGUAGGCGAGACGAGUGAAAAUGUUUCAAUUAAGUUAAAACUGGUGGUCCCCUAAGUAGAUUACAGGGUUCGCAUAGUUUGGAAAAGUCCUUGAAUUUGAGGGGGAGCUCUUGAAAAGUUCUUAAAUUUCUAUGUAAGCCCUUGAACUUUCUUCACGUUUCAAAUGUAGUGGCCUUGAAAGUGUUUUUAAUGCCUCUUGGUUGUCCAAAACAGAAAGUAAAUCAUAGCUCAGAGAAGUUAAAGAAAUACUUGAAGCGUUUUUUUGUUUUAUGUAAGAAUUAGCCAUCAAUUUACGAAUUUGGUGGAGCAAACAGUUUGAACCUUAAAGUCCUUUUAGAAUUCAAUGGAAAUUGCAUUUUUGUUCAGUUUGUGAAAUUACAUUCGUGGUAGGUGGUCCUUGAAAAGUCCUUUAAAAAUGGUUGCAAUUUUUUGUAUGAAAUCUGUAGAAACGUUUAACUAUAAGCCAAAUGCAUGGGGAUAUUUUAGGCCUCUUUUUCCCCCGAUGCGUUCCAACACGUAAGUAUUGCAAUGCUCACCGUGGAAAAGGACAAAUCAUUUGUUGAAGACAUGACAGGGAAUCUCCCCAGCACAAUCGACGAUGGACUUUAUCUAAGAUAGGAGGUUCAAAAUUAAAGAGGUUUCUUGUCUCUCGUAACUGUAUUCUCUUUUCUUGUGUCUGUUUAGACGUAUAUCUUGAAAAUGAAGUUUACAGACUGUAUUGCUGAUGUAAGGAGUCACAUAGACGCUGCAAGGUUUGUGCUCACUAUCAAACUGUACCUCUUGUCCGAGCGCUGAAUGACGAGUUUUGGAAAUUCUGGAGAGUUUCAAGUAGCAUUUUUUUACCAUCUUGCUUCGAGAAAAGUUGAUGUUUGUGUGAUUUCUUUUUUAAAUAAGGUGGUUAGUCGCUCCCGGCUCUACCCCCAACUCGGUUGAGGUUGGUUUUCUUCCCUCCUCGUCUUCUAAACUGAUCCAACAGCAAGGGUGGACCAACCCGGAAGUAAUGGCUCUUUAGGGGUCAUCGGGAAGAUUCAGCACGUCAUUUUUUCACAUUUGUAGUUUAAAAUGCGAAAAGGUUCGUGUCUUUUCGUCGGAUACAUUUGGGAUCGUAUGCCUCAAUAUAUGUAAUUGUUUUUGUUUCAUUUUUCAUGAAAGAAUUGAUGAAAAUGAGCCUUAAACGAAAUUUUAGAAUAAAGAAAGCUGACUUUCUGUGGAGACUGUUAAGAUGAAUGCUCACCUUCACAGUACAAGACGCGAUGAUUACAGACAGAAAAUGGGAAGCUUGCCGUUUACCAUAAGCGUCUUGUGUAAACGCUGUAAUUGGAUUCUCAAGCAAGGCUCUCUUCUGAGACAUGUGAUAGUUCUUUGGCGCCGUUAAGCAGUCUUCACUUUUGCAUAAUUUUCAAGUUGCUGAUUUAUAUUAUUCUGUUUUAAAAUUUAGGCCUGAAAAUGCCCCUCCAUACGACAUCAAGACGUCAUUUCCCAACAAAGUCUACGAUGAUCCAACUGCAUCUCUGCAGGAAUGCCGCUUAGUACCUAAUGCAACGCUGCACUUACUCGCCAAGAAAGUGUGA